GCAGCGGGAGGGCGCAGGGUUCAGGGGGUUGGGGAACAACUGCGGCCUCUCCUCUAUGGUCGCGGGCCGGCGGGGUACCCUCCUCCGCAGUGAGUCCAAGGUUAUUUCCGGAAGUGGAGCUGCUACCUCUUCCUCUGUGUCUGUGAAGGGGUCCAGGAAGGGGUCGACUGCCAGGUUGGCCAUGAGCGCGGAGAUUUAAUGUCAUCUUGCUUAGGUCUGCUGAGUCUGUAAUUUUCUAUGUCUAUGGAUUCCAGAAUUUGCUAAGAGAUGGAGGAGUCUCUGCAGAAUGAUGUGGAUGCAGCAAGCCUUGAGAAAACGGGCCCGCUCGAGAGCGCCAGCCCUCAGAUUUCCAUUAAUGAAUUCUCCUGUCACUGCUGCUACGACAUCCUGGUUAACCCCACCACCUUGAACUGUGGGCACAGCUUCUGCCGGCACUGCCUCGCUCUGUGGUGGGCCUCUUCGAAGAAAACAGAGUGUCCAGAAUGCAGAGAAAAAUGGGAAGGCUUCCCCAAAGUCAAUAUUCUCCUCAGGGACGCCAUUGAAAAAUUAUUUCCUGAUGCCAUUAGAAUGCGAUUUGAAGACAUUCAGCAGAAUAACGACAUAGUCCAGAGUCUUGCAGCCUUUCAAAAGUUUGGGAAUGAUCAGACCCCUUCAGCUCCCCACACAGGCCGAGGGAACCAGCACAGGGGAGGGGGUUUCUACUCCGGAGUGCUCACAGCUUUAACUGGGGUGGCAGUGGUCCUGCUGGUGUACCACUGGAGCAGCAGGGAAUCCGAGCGGCACCUCCUGGUCCACAAGGCUGUGGCCAGAUGGACAGCGGAGGAAGUUGUGCUCUGGCUGGAGCAGCUAGGCCCUUGGGCCUCCCUCUACAGAGACAGGUUUUUAUCUGAAAGAGUAAACGGAAGGUUGCUUUUAACUCUGACAGAGGAAGAAUUUUCUAAGGCUCCGUAUACCAUAGAAAGCAGCAGCCACCGAAGAGCUAUCCUCAUGGAGCUGGAGCGAGUGAAAGCCCUGGGUGUGAAGCCCCCCCAGAACCUCUGGGAAUAUAAGGCCGUGAACCCUGGGAGGUCCCUGUUCCUGCUGUAUGCCCUCAAGAGCUCCCCGCGCCUUGGCCUGCUGUACCUCUACCUGUUUGACUACACCGACACCUUCCUGCCCUUCAUUCACACCAUCUGUCCUCUUCAAGAAGACGGCUCCAGGGAGGACAUCAUAUCCAAGCUCCUGGAUCUUAGAGAGCCCACAUGGAAGCAGUGGCGAGAAUUCCUCAUCAAGUACUCCUUCCUACCAUACCAGCUGAUUGCUGAGUUUGCUUGGGACUGGCUGGAGGUCCAUUACUGGACGUCACGGUUUCUCAUCGUCAACGCCAUGCUUCUCUCGGUUCUGGAAUUAUUCUCCUUCUGGAGGAUCUGGUCCAGAAGUGAACUGAAGACCGUGCCUCAGAGGAUGUGGAGCCAUUUCUGGAAAGUGUCGACACAGGGGCUUUUUGUGGCCAUGUUCUGGCCCCUCAUCCCUCAGUUUGUUUGCAACUGUCUGUUUUACUGGGCCCUGUACUUUAACCCGAUUAUUAACAUUGAUCUCGUGGUCAAGGAGGUCCGACGGCUGGAAACCCAGGUCUUGUGAUUGACGCUGCUGAGGUUCCGAGGGACCCUUGCAGCCUCCCUGCCCGCCGAGCUCUGGGGAGAGGGGGAAGCGGACUUCCUAUUUUCCGCCCCUAGUAAACAAGGUGCUGCUUUGUCCGUCAGAGGCCACGGCCAGGUCUCCUCCCUCGGCUCAUGGCAGCAGGAACUGGCGCCCCAGAGCUUGGCCAACACGGCGGCCGCACCUCCUACCCAGCCGCCUUCCUCGCCAGGACUUGGGAGGCUCAGCCUGCGAUGGCUGGCAGGGACUCAGGGUCCUCGGAGGACACACAGUGGGUCGCAAUCCCCGCUUGCUCUAACCUCAGUGACUGAUAAGAGGCUCCCAGGGCGGGUCGGAGCCCAGGGCCAGGCUUGUCCUCUUGGUCAAGUGUGGGAGAACAGAAGAUGUUGUCAUAGGCAGAGGCAGUUGCACAUGAAAAAUAAGGAGGAAAAACCACAAUCCCGUUGAUGAUUCUGUCUUGUGUAAGAGUUGCUAGAAGGUUCAGAGUUAAACCUCUGAAAGCAGUCAGUUUGAGGUUCGAAUGAUGGUGGUUAGACUUGCCACCACUGUUUUCUGCUUGGAAUCACUGAAAGUUUGGAUCUUUCUGUUGGAGUUGUUGAGUGGGACGUCAGGCAGUUUAAUCAGGCUGAGCUGCUUCCGUGCUAUGUAAAAUUGUUGUUCGGCAGGGUUUGCUUUGUUUUUGAGAAUGUAAUCUAUAAAAUCCAAGCCAGUGCGUUUGUUUAAGGAAACAUUGUACAUUGACCUCACACUGUAUAAUCUUUAUUGUCCUGCUCUGAUGUAUAAAACAAUGUGUAAUUACACCAAGUGCUGUAAUUGUAAAUAUGAGAUGAACUGUGGCCUUUGAUUUCCUGCCAGUGUGACAACAGCAGGUGUGAAAGGCUAUCAAUCUGAAGAUCAGCCCCAUAUUUAUACAGAAAUGAGCUUGCAUCCAAAGUGUUUUUUUGCGAGUCUAUGAACCAUUCAUUAACCCUUUGUAUCUUUGAAGAUUUCCCUCAAACUCUGCAUCUGAAAGUUUGAAGAAAUGACUUGAAAUAAAAAUACAGUUUAUAUACAGAUAAAACUUCUACAUAGAGAAAAAUUGACUGUUUAGGAAACAUGAAGAAAGUAUGUUGCCCAGUACAACCUACUGGUCACGCUUACCACACCCCCCCUCCACCCCACAGCCGAGGAGCCACUGAGGAUAUCUUAAGUGAAAGGGGAGAGAAUGUUUUCCUUACCCUUGUGUUUCCUCAUCAGGCCCUGGGCCUGCCUGACUUGAUAAGCCAGAGACACUGCCAACCCAGUGGAUCCAGGGACAUUGCAGUGUCUACAUCUCCCUGGCCUGGUGCCUCACGAGGUUACUCUUCUCUUUUUUUAUUUUUUACAAUAUUUAUCUGUUCGGCUGCCUCAGGUCUUAGUUGCAGCUUGUGGAUGCUCUAGUUGUGUGACGUGUGGGUUCAGUAGUUGCGGUGUGCAGGCUUAGUUGCUUCGUGGCUUAUGGGAUCUUAGCUCCCCAAUCAGGCAUCAAACCCAUGUUGCCUGCAUUGCAAGGCGGGCUCUUAACCACGGGACCACCAGGGAAGCCCCUCUUAUUUGUAGAUGAAGAAAGGGAGGCUGGGUAGCACUACUGGAGCUGGGGCCCAGGGCAGACUCCCUGUCCAGUGCUUCUCACCUGUGCCUCUUGGCCUUCCCACACUGUCCUCACCUGCUCCCCAAAUCAUGCUUCAGAGAUGAGUAAUACACGUGCUGGGGAGGAGUACAAGGCAGACAGCCAAGCGCAAACAGGAGAGGCGGGGUGCUCCCUGUUUAUCACCUGCAGGAGGAACAGGCAUGGCAGAGCGAGGGCCACCCUCUCAGAGCAGGCUCAGGUGUCUCAAAAUGAGGUGUCUAUUUAAAAUACUCAGACCCUUUAAUGUAAGAGUUCCAUUUCUGCAAAUCUCAAGGAAUAAUAAAAAGGUGGGAGAGGGUAAAGAUUGACAAGCAUCCUCGUUAACAUUAGUAAUUGAUAAGAAUAGGAAAUACUGCCCAUGUCAGAAAGCUAGCAGUCUAUAAAAUAGUAU